AUGUCGUCGACAAAGACAGCGCCGCAAACAAUCCAAGGCGGCUGCCUGUGCGAAGGCAUCCGGUACCAAGUCAAUUUCGCACCGGAUUUUGACUUCUCCAAGGGCUGCUCUACAUGCCAAUGUGUGCAAUGCCGCAAGAACGCCGGGGCCGUCAUUACUCACCUCCGCAGGAUAGAGCCGGAGAACAUCACCUUCACGGCCCAGAAGACGCUGAAGAAGUACUACGCCACGCCCGGGAUCGCGCGGGCCUUCUGCGGCGAGUGCGGCAGUUGGUUGUACUGGCACCCCGAGAAGGAUAAUUACCUAGCUCUCGCCAUCGGCACAGUCGACAAGGAGGACUUGCUCAAAUACGGGUCGUUGCUGGCGGAGUUGAAUGUGCACUACUACUGUGCCGAGGAGAUCCCAGGUAUAACUGACAACCUCCCAGGAGAGAAAUUGGAGUAUGACAAUUAG